AUGGCUCUUGAUGCUUCCAUAAGGGGGUUUCUGAACUGCAUUCGCCUUGUUUUAAUUGAAGAUGGAACACAUUUAAGGGGUAAAUACAAUGCAAUUAAGAUGUCAAUUGGGCAAGUUCAUGAUUUUGUUAUAGUAUCAGAUAGACACCCUAGCAUAAAAAAGGCAAUUAUCACGGUCUUCCCAGAAGCAUUUCAUGGUGUCUGCAUCUAUCAUUUGAAAGCUAAUUUAUUAGUGAAUUUUAAGAAUAAAGAUAUUUUCGAUAUUUUCGAUAAAGCAGCAAAGGCAAGUUGUGAGUCUGUGUUCAAGUACCAUUGGAGUCAAUUUGCAGGGUAUCCAUGUGCAUGCAAAUACUUAGAGGAUAUCGGUCUUGAGCGAUGGGCUAGGGUGUACCAAUGUAAUAGAAGAUACAAUCAGAUGACAACAAAUCUCGUCGAGUACAUAAAUGGAGUGUUAAAAGAUGCACAACAGUUACCAAUCACUUCAUUUCGUUGGUUACAGGAUUUGUAUUACAGACGUCGAACGGAAGCAUCAAAUAGUACAUCAAGACUAUCGGACUAUGCGAUGACAAUAAUUCGUGAUGCAGCGGACAAAGCGAGCAAAUAUGAAGUUCGGUUAAUUGACCAACAUGAAUUCGAGGUGAUAGAUGGAGGAUUGGGAGGCCGUGUUCAUAUCACGCAAGAACAAGCACUAUUGUCGCAAGUUUGA